AUGACUUCCAAAGCAAAGAUGCCCGGGUUGGGCUACCACCAGGAUCCGGCUUCAUCUCCCAGGGACUUGAAUGAGAUCGUUGCGCGAUACUCAUCGUCGGCUCUCAGGUCAUCUUCAGCAAUAUCUGAGCGACGGCCAUACGAAGUUUUGCCCCGAGAGGUUGCAGGGGACGAUAAUGUCGCGCCGCUAUCAUCUUCACCUCCACCCUACGUUUCUUCAAUCUACCGGUUUCCUUUAACCUUUCAACACCGUCGUAGCUCGACGCAUUCCGGCUACCUCAGCCGCGAUCAGCUGUUCGGCCGCUCUCCCACUCCAGAGCCCGAAUCAAGCCCUCUACCACAACCGGAAGCGUUGCAACGCAUUGAUUUGCAACGCUGUGUGAGUCGACAAUCACCGAAGGCUGAUCCCCUUAUUUCUUCUCUGGAGAGGAGGCAGCAAGAAAACGACAUUACUCUGCAGGAUCGGCCCUCUUUACCAAACCUGAGGGUCAAACAGAAGGAAAGUAUUAGUACGUCUGACCUAUGCUCCUCUCUUCGUGGUGGGCGGACCUCGGCUUUUAGUUUGCGACAACGUUUCUCAGGAUCACCGCGAGAUGAAUGGCUGGAAGCAGGUACUCCUGGUCCAGUGACUACGGAUAGUGGAAUUGAGCCGAGUUUUAUGUCAAGAUCCACGGUGGCUCCGACCUUCGAGACAAGAAAUGGGACUGGUGGUGCAUAUAUCAAAGAUGGUAAAUCUUUCAAGGUGUCACCUGCCGAGACGGCUCUCCACAAGGCUUUAAAAAAGGUCGCCCACCCAGAGAAGACAGAUCCUACACGAAGCGCAAGUUGGAGCAGAACAGUAUUCCACCGUCACGAUCCACAGUACGAAUUCCCGAAAGCCAAGACUUUGUACGAGAGUCUGCUUGAACUUGACUCGGUCAAGUCACAGGCGUCUCCUGAAUUACUGGCUGAUGUCACCUCAUCUCACAAAGCUGUCAAGGCUCUUGACGAGAAGAAAUAUAUCAAGCCCUCACAUAAAAACUCGCCGGUUAAUGAGACCGUUGAUCUGGACGGAAGCUACGUCGACCUGCAAACUGCUUAUGGAGUUGCAGGUUUGCGGGCUACUAUCUUCUCGGGGUCGAACAAUUUCGAGAAGAUCUCAGUCCUGCCGCCGCGCGAGGUCUUCUCUCAAGAACCAAUCGGUUUAGCAAGCCAGAAUCUGUUGUCGGCUGUGCCGAGGGGUAAUAGUACUUGUAGGAGGAAAAUACCGAGCCUGAGGGUAACACCAACCUUGAUCAUAUUCGACCAAUCCCCUCUGCCACCAAAGUAUGAGAUUUCGUUGGCAACGCCAACUGUCAUCAUCUCAAACCACCCAAUACACCCCCCCUGUUACGGUUUUUCUAGCAAGGAAGUGACCGUGUAUCCGUCACCCAUGACACCUUCACAACAACAACGUUUGUCAUUUUCAGAUUCCAACAUCGCCAUCAUACGCGGCUGCAUAUCGUUUGCAGUGAUACUUAACGUCCUACUGAAUAUUGGUAAGGGUAUUCGAGCAGUGCAGAUUACGUACGACAUCAGUAUUGCUUUCAUGAUCGGUAUGUCAUUGUGUCUGGUAUUGAACUGGGUGCGGGGUGGUCGGUUCAUUGUUCCCGGCGGCCUUUUGCGUAGUCGAGAACAUGUUCAUAAUACUGAAUGA